AUGAAUUCGGGGUUCCAAUUAUUUGUGCCCUCCCUCUUGAGGCAACAGCUGUCACUGCAACGUUUGAUAUCACCUGGCCCUCUACCGUUGCUUGGAGGCAAAAGUCGGCCACAGGAACAGGAACAGCUACUUGGAGAUGUGGCCAUCAGAGACGGGAUACUGCAGUAUGACUUGGGGAGAAAGCUUGCUGGUCGGUUCGUGCCGGAGACGAAGCUCCUGGAACCAGGCGUGGAAAUACGGGGAGUGCUGGUGAAGUUGCGGACAGAACAGGCAUGGGAGCUACUGCAGAGAGAUGUCGCCAGCAAUCUUGAGGUCUUGAAAGGGAAAAUCUGGUCUUCUGGUUAUCCUGGUAUGCGUUGGGAUUCUCUUUUCAGAUCGGACUACCUGCACAAGAAUCGCGGUGAAGAGAAAUGUGAAGAGUGUGCAGGUGAUGAUGGAGUCUGUAUGCGGGGAUAUGCAGCUGCGACCGCAGCCGCCGUCGCAAAGAGCCUCAGGAUGUCGAGAAAAGCGGGCAAUUUCCCGGCUGAGGCUCACGGCCUGUUGGACGUGCUGUUUACAACACCAUAUCUAGACCGCAAGAAUCGUAAUCCUAAUGUGGUCCAGGCGGACCCUGGGUGUGGGAAAUCAGUCCUGGCCAAACAUCUGGUGGAUGAUGUCAUUCCAACCACUACGGCUCGAAAAUCCUGUUACUUUUUUUUUCCAAAGACGAUGUUGAGGAUCAAAAGACAAUGA